UCUUCCCUGAAAAACAAACUGCAAUGACGUCAAAUAUUAAAACGCUCUUCGGUCAUUGUCAUUUUCAGUUUAAAAGGUAAAGCCGUGCCACGCUUUGUCUUUUGACUGAUCUUGUCGCUCCUGAUCCUCAAACAUGCGUGAAAUAAUCUCAGUCCAUGCUGGUCAAGCUGGGGUCCAGAUUGGCAAUGCCUGUUGGGAGCUGUACUGUCUAGAACACGGUAUUCAGCCUGAUGGACUAAUGCCAUCUGACAAGACUCUUUGUGGAGGAGAUGACUCGUUCAACACGUUUUUCAGUGAGACGGGAGCAGGCAAGCACGUGCCAAGGGCUAUCUUCAUUGACCUCGAACCGACGGUGGUUGACGAAGUGCGAACAGGUACAUAUCGCCAGCUCUUCCAUCCUGAACAGCUGAUUACAGGUAAAGAAGAUGCUGCAAACAAUUAUGCGCGAGGCCACUACACCGUCGGGAAGGAGCUGAUAGACCUGGUACUGGAUCGUAUCAGGAAGUUGGCGGACAUGUGUACAGGUCUUCAGGGUUUCCUCGUUUUCCACAGUUUUGGGGGAGGGACUGGAUCUGGUUUCGUUUCUCUCCUCAUGGAACGCCUUUCCGUGGACUACGGCAAAAAGACUAAACUGCAGCUUUCUGUGUACCCUGCUCCCCAGGUAGCAACUGCUGUAGUGGAGCCGUACAACGCUAUUCUAUCCACACACACUACACUCGAACACUCCGACUGCGCCUUCAUGGUAGACAACGAGGCCAUCUACGACGUCUGCCGUCGCAACCUGGACAUCGAGCGUCCUACUUACACCAACCUCAACCGCAUCGUUAGCCAGAUUGUCUCCUCCGUCACUGCGUCCUUGCGUUUCGACGGCGCCCUCAACGUCGACUUGAUCGAGUUCCAGACCAACCUUGUGCCGUACCCCCGCAUCCACUUUCCUCUCGCGUGUUUUGCCCCCAUCAUCUCUGCAGAGAAGGCCUACCACGAACAGCUGACUGUUGCUGAGAUCACCAACGCCAGCUUCGAGCCGGCCAACCAGUUGGUGAAGUGCGACCCACGCCACGGCAAGUACAUGGCCUGCUGCAUGCUGUACCGCGGUGACGUCGUUCCCAAAGAUGUCAACGCCGCCAUUGCCUGUAUUAAGACCAAGCGCACCAUUCAAUUUGUAGACUGGUGUCCUACGGGUUUCAAGGUGGGCAUUAACUACCAGCCACCCACGACGGUACCAGGAGGAGACCUGGCUAAGGUGCAGCGUGCUGUGUGUAUGCUGAGCAACACCACCGCCAUUGCCGAGGCCUGGGCCCGCCUGGACCACAAGUUCGACCUGAUGUACGCCAAACGGGCCUUCGUGCACUGGUACGUGGGGGAAGGCAUGGAGGAGGGCGAGUUCGCCGAGGCACGUGAAGAUAUGGCGGCCCUGGAGAAAGACUACGAGGAGGUCGGCCUCGACUCGGUAGUUGGCGAGGAAGAAGGGGAAGAAGCUUAAUAAUAUAAGAGAAGACCUUUUUGUAACUUUUUCCUAAAGUUCACAUUCCGGUCUGACACAAAUAUCUCUGGGUUUAGACAUCGAGAAGUGUAGUUUCACUGCUCUUACAGGAUAACGAGGGAAAUCUGAUUUUUCAUUUCAUGACAAUUUUCAACCUAAUUACGGACAAGAAUCUUCUGUACAACCUUAUCUACCGGUAGUAUUCAGUAAGGGUAGACUGUGUGACUGCACUUUCCUUAGACACUUUGAUUAGAAAUUUUCAUUUUGCUGGAAUAAAAUAGUUUGCUCUAUUUUGUAA